AAGUUGUUCUAUAAUAUUACAUAUACUUGUAUUUAAAGUGCUCUGUAGCUGCUGGAGUGACAAAGUUAAACUUGACAGGUGAGAUGGGAAAGGUUCAUCCCCAAGCACUUGUUUCUUCAGACCCUUGUUACCUCUCUUCCAAACAAGAAUCAUUCACAGUGUGGAUGAAGUCUCUAGUACUGAGUGGCAAAGGCUGUACUGUGUUUGAUUCAGAUGGCCAUGUUGUGUAUCGGGUCGAUAACUAUGACAGCAAGAGUAGCAAUGAAGUUCAUCUCAUGGAUUUCGAAGGCAAAGUCCUGUACACCAUACUGAGAAAGAAACUCAAGUUGUUGGGGUUCUGGGAGGGCUACAGAUGCGACGGUUCAGAAAUUGACAAGACCAAGCCUGGCUUUCAAGUGAGAAAAACUUUGAGGCUGUUAAGAGGAGAUGCACCAUGUAAUAUAACUGUUGGGUUGGAUAAGAAUCAACCAUGCCAGUACAAGAUAGAAAGCUGGACCAGUAAGUCAACAUACACGAUAGUCGACAAGUGUGGAGCGCUCAUCGCAGAGGUACAGAGAAAGCAGUCAGCAUGUGGAGUUGUGCUCGGAGAAGAUGUUAUGACACUGGUGGUGGAGCCCUUUAUUGAUCAUUCUCUGAUCAUGGGGCUUGUUGUUGUGUAUAGCCUCAUCAACUCCAAAAUGUAAAAGGUCUAUAGACAGACAAGGCAAUAGGUUGUUCUUUCUUUACAUGUAUAACUAACUGUUUUAUCUGCAAUGUCUUUCGCAUGUUUUUUCAAUUUACAAAUUUAGAGAGCGUUGUAUUGUACAGCCACCUUCUGUCACUCCAAUUUAUCUACAAUCAUGAUGAUCAUAUGAAUAUAAUUCUGAAUAUAAAGAAAUUUUUUCUGGAAA